CUUCUGCUAUUUCCUUCUACUUUUACCUUCAAGCCAGUCCAAGGAAAACAAAUCGUCGGCGUUUUUGUUUCUUUUACCUCUAUUCGUUCCUCUUCUAAGAUUUCUGUUUAACUUGGUUUCUUUCAUUUUUCUGUUUCAACUGCUUCCCAAAAAAAAAAAAAGACAAAAAAGAAAAGUGCCUUUGUUCAAGGAUCUAUUCUCUUGUUAUCUCCUGUUUCGUUGUUGCUUUUAAAAGUCUUUUGCCAAAAAACAAUUUUUUUUUCUCAUGAUUGGAAGGGUUUGUAUUGUCUCGUUCCGUAGUUUAUGUACAAACUAAAUUUAUUAAAAGCCCAAAAAAAAAAGUUGACGUCGUUGUUGCCUGGAGAUUUCUUUUCUUGCAACUCUGCUCUCUGUUAAUACUUCUCUGAAAUUUAUUGCUUUAAAAAAUCUUCCCAAAUAAAAAAAAAUAAAAGCCAAAAAAAAAAAAUGUUGUUAUCAAUUUGUCCCUUAGAAGUCCUGGUACUGUCUCUCGUCGUUCCUUCUUUUAGGUUUUCCGUUCAAGUUGUUUUCUUUCUUUCUUUCUUUGUUUUUUUUUUUUUUUUAAAAUCAAAGGUUUCUUUCAUUUUCUUGUAUCAACUUGCGCAGGAAAAAAAGUUGUCUUUUUUUAAGGGUCUAUUUUCUGGUUACCUCUUCUUGUAUUUGUUGCAUUUAAAAAAAAGGGGAAAAAAGUUCUCAUCCUCAAUCCUUUGUUCCUUGGUAGUCUUGGUACUACCGCCUCAGUUUGUAGUUCUUCAGAGUGAGAGACAAGUUUAAUUUCGUGUGAAGCAAAGAGCGAUUCUGAGAUUUACUUGUCAAGGGAAGGACAACGGUGGCAAACACCUCUUUUGUCUUUCUCAAGCUGUGUCUGGAAUCAAGAAUGGAGAUUCUCGGUGCCAUUGCUGGCGAAAUAGCAAAGUAUACACUGAAACCCAUUGAACGACAAGUGGGAUAUUUGUGUUAUUACAAAGACAAUUUCAACAUGCUAAAGGAUCAAGUCGAGGAGUUGGGGACGGCAAAAGAGCGAAUCGUGCAUGAGGUUGAAGCAGAGAAGAGAAAUGGAAAAGAGAUUGAAGCUGAUGUGGAGAAGUGGCUGAAUAAAGCUAAUGACACCUUAGAGGAAGCCAAGCGAUUGUGUGAAGAUCCACGCUGUGUGAAGGCAGAGUGUUCUGGAUGGUGUCUUCCUAAUUGGAUUUCACGCCAUCAACUAAGCCGAAAUGCAAAGAAAACGGUAGAAAAUGUUGCUGAAGUGCUGACAAAUGGGAAGUUCAGUCGAAUUGGGCACCUCCCUCGUCUACCCACCAUCACAACAAGAGAUAAUGUAAAGCUUGAGUCGAGGAACUUAAUGAAGGAGCGCAUUUUAUCGGUUCUAAAAGACCCUAAAGUAAGUAGAAUAGGGGUCUAUUGAUUAAGUGGGGUGGGGAAGACCACACUAGCAAGUGAAAUUGUUGCACAAGUUAAGGAUGACCAGUUAUUUGAUGAAGUGGUUAUGGUGACUGUAUCACAAGCUUUAGAUAUUGAGGGAAUUCAUGAUCAGAUUGCAGAUCAGUUGGGCCUCCUCCGCUUUGAAGAGAAGUCCUCUAUGGGAAAGGCAAGCCGCUUACGUGGGAGAAUCAAACAGGACAAUGCUAUCCUCAUCAUAUUGGACGACAUCUAUGAAGAACUUGAUUUGGCUAAAUUGGGAAUUCCAUCACAAGAUACUUAUAAGCAGGGAAUUUCUACAGAGGACAAUUAUAAGGGCUGCAAGUUGUUGCUCACUUCUAGAGACCAAAAUAUUUUACAAAAGAAUGCAACUCAAGAAUUUCAGACUCGAAGUAUUAUGUGAUGAAGAAUCUCAUAGAUUAUUUCAAAUGACAAAUGAUGAUGCUGCCAAGGAUGUCGAGUUGCGAGAUAUUGCAACCCAAGUGGUUGAAAGUUGCGCGGGCUUGCCUAUGUUGAUAGUCGCAAUGGCAAAGUUACUAAAAAAUAGAGAAAUUUAUUGUUGGAAAGAUGCCUUGAAUGUACUGAAAAAAGUUGACAGUGGAAUAAUGGGUGACAAAAUUUUUCCACCUUUGAAAUACAUGUACGAUUGUUUACCAGAUCAUGAAGUGAAGCAAGUAUUCUUGCUUUGUGGAGUACUUGGAACGUCCAUUUCUGUUAAUGACUUGUUGAAAUACGUCAUUGGUUUGGGUGUAUUCAAACACAUAAAAACCAUUGAAGGUGUAAGAAACAGGCUUCAAAAAGUGAUUGAUGACUUGAAGGCAUCCUGCUUUUUGCUUCACAGUGAUGCAAUGGCGCGAGUGAUCAAAAUGCAUGACCUUCUUCGAGAAGUAGCUAUAUCAAUUGCAUCUGGGGAUCAACAUGUCUUCACAAGGAAUGUUCCAUUCCAAGACUGGCCAAGCGGGGAUUUUUUUAAAUGGUGUACCCAGAUAAAGUUGGUUCGUUGUUGCAUCCAAACACUUCCUGAAAAGUUAGAUUGCCCCAUUUUGAAAUUUCUCUACUUAAAUAGCAAAGAUAAUCCUUCAUUAGAAAUUCCAAACUCCUUUUUUGAGGGAAUGAGAAACCUUGGAGUGUUGGAUUUAACAGGAAUGAUCAUAUUAUCAUUACCUACAUCUUUUGCCGCCUUGACUGAACUUAAAACAUUGUGUUUGGAUCAGUGUUCUUUGGAAGACAUUUCUGGAAUUGGAGCCUUGAAAAAUUUAGAAAUUCUUAGCUUCUUUCGUUCAUCCAUGGAAGAGUUUCCUAGUGAAAUAGCGCAGUUGAGUCAUCUAAGGAUGUUAGAUUUGACACGUUCUGGAAUUGAGGUCAUCCUACCCGAUGUUGUGUCCAAGUUGACUAAACUUGAGGAAUUGUACGUGGGCAAUGCCUCAAUAAAAUGGGAGGCAAAAAGUUCAACGAAACGAAACAAAAAUGCUAGUCUUGUUGAGCUCAAGCAUUUGACAAGCUUGAUUACUCUACAUAUUCAAGUUGAGACUUGGAUUUUAGUGAGGGACAUUGUAUUUGAUAAGUUAGAGAGAUAUAAGAUUGUUAUUGGAGAUAAAUGGGAAUGGCAAAAUGAUAAUAAUACCUCAAGGUUGUUAAAGCUAAAGCUUGAUACUCCCUCUCAAUUAGAACAUGGCAUUAAAACGUUGAUGGAAAGUGUGGAAGAUUUAUACUUAGAUGAACUAAAUGGCAUUUCAAAUGUGCUUUUCCAAUUGAAUGGCAAAGGAUUUCCACGACUAAAGCAUCUGCACAUCCAAAAUAAUGGAGAUAUUCAGUGUAUUAUCAGCUCAACGGGAAGGAAUCAAACUGAUGUAAUGUUGUUUCCAAAAUUGGAGACAUUAAUGCUUCAUAAUCUCUCCAUGUUGAAGGAGAUAUGUGAUGGGCCACGGAGAGUUGAUUCUUUUGGAAAGCUAAGAGUCAUGAAGCUCAAAAGUUGCGGGCGGCUAAAAUAUGUCUUCUUGAAUUCAAUAGUUAAAAACUUCUCUCAACUUGUUGAGAUUGAAGUCUCUGAAUGCCAUUCUGUGGAGAAUAUUGUGUCUUUGGAAAGUAUGAAUAGUGGCAUGAUCAUCAAUAAAGUUGAGUUUAUUCCAUUGCGACGCUUGGCUUUGCAAUAUUUACCUGCAAUAGUCAAUUUUUGCUGCUCUAAUAUCCCAACGUCAUUCUUCGAUGCAAAGGUUUCAUUGUCAAAUUUGGAGACCCUGAAAUUAAGCUCGAUUAAUUUGGAAAAAAUUUGGGAUGAUCAUCAACAUUCAACAGUCACUUCUUUCCGGAAUCUAGUUAAUUUAAUCGUGGAUGACUGCGGCAGCCUGCAAUAUUUAUUCUCACCUUUUAUGGUUGAAAAUAUGGAAAAUCUCAAACUGCUUGAAAUAAGUAAAUGCCAUGCGAUGGAGGAGAUAAUAGCCAUAAAAGGAAGUAACAAUGAGAUUACAUUGGCUCAAGAUCAUGUGGUUGGAUUUCCCAAAUUGGAGGAGAUGAUAGUAAAUGACAUGAAGAACUUGAAGAGAGCAUGGCAUUACCAAUUUGGUAGAUUGAAGAUAUUGGAAGUGAACAAAUGUGAUAAACUGGAGACUAUGUUUCCAUCAGGCUACAUGCUUGAAGCAUUAAGAAAUCUUGAGAUCUUGAGGGUUCGAGAUUGUGUUUCAGUGGAAGAGAUAUUCCAACUCACCGCUGCUGACGGAAUGCAUACUCAAGAAGUGACAGCUCAGCUGAAAAAUCUAGAAAUAAGUGGAUUGCCAAAGAUGAAACGAAUAUGGAACAGGGAUCCCCAAGGACUUGUUCGCUUUUCCAAUCUACAACUCAUGAGUAUUAAGCACUGUAGCAAGCUGGAAUAUAUCUUCCCGUUCUCCAUCGCUAAGGAUCUUCCACAACUUGAAUAUCUCGAACUAGUUAUGUGUGGAAUCAAGGAAGUUGUUUUGAAGAAGGAUGGAUCAAUUGAUGAAACUACCAUAUUUGAGCUUAAUGAUCUCAUCUCUCUAAUCCUUACAACUUUGGUUAAACUCAAGGGAUUCUACGCAGGGGUUCGUACAUUAGAAUGUCAAUCUUUGUAAACGUUGCAAGUGUUGUAUUGUCCACAUUUGAAGGUAUUCAAUCCGCGUGCAAAUAGAUGCGGGCAAAGUUUUGCUGAUGACCGAUUUCAUUUCUCAAUGCAACAAUAUCUAUUUACAAUUAAUGAAGAGGUGACUGGCAACUUGGAUUCGUUAACCCUGCAAUCUUGGGAUGCCAACGUCAUAUUGCAUCACCAAGCUCCCCCGCACCUAUUCCGCAAACUCAAACAUCUUCAGACAUCCACUUUUCAAGAUGAUGAAGCAAGUUCUCUGCAUUGGUUUCUUAAAAAUGUACCCAGUCUUGAGAGUCUAAUUGUUUCCUUCAGUUCUGUGAAGGAGAUAUUUUAUGAUGAAUUGCUGACCGACGAGGAAGGACGGAACGCUAUUAGCACCCGACUUAAAGCAUUGUGGCUAAAUUGCUUGCCCAAACUUCAGAAUUUAUGUAGAGAUGGAAGACAAAUUCACCCUGUUCUGGAGUUUCUUGAAGCCUUACGUGUGCAAGAAUGUUCCAGUUUAAGAAAUUUAGUUCCCUCCUCUACAACUUUCUGCCACUUGAUAUAUCUAGAGGUGGUACAAUGACCUCAUCAACGGCGGGAAGUCUUUUCAAAUUGCAAAUGAUGAAAAUGGAAAAGUGUGAUUCGCUGGAAGAAAUUGUGACAGAAGAGGUGGAUGGGACAAAAAAUGAAAUUGCGUUUAACAGUUUGUUUAGAGCUGAAUUAUUUGCCAAGGCUCCGUAGUUUUUCAUCAAGCAAGCGCCCCUUCAAGUUCCCAUGGUUGGAGAGAGUUGUUGUUAGCCAAUGUCCUCGGAUGCAGAUUUUCUCCGACAAAGCAAUAAUUGCACCGAAGCUCAAAACAAUACUAACGGAGGGAGGAUGUUACUGGGGAGGAGACUUAAAUGAAACUAUCAGCAAGAUGCUUCAGGAUAAGGUAGCAUUUCGUAGCUUCAAGCAUUUAGAGCUUUCGAAAUAUCCAAAGUUAAGAGAAUUAUGGUAUGGCCAGGUUGGGCAUGAAAUAUUUUCUAAUUUGAAAUCUUUGGUGGUGCGAAAUUGUCACUGGCUUUCGAGUAUUCUUCUUUCUGGAAGUAUGCUAGAAGCUCUCUUCAACUUGGGAGAACUUGAAGUGAGUGAGUGCGAUACACUUGAAGUUGUGUUUGAUUUGGGCGACAUGAAUGAAAGAAGGAUGGCAAGAGAAACCAUUCGGUUGAAAAAAAUGAAGCUAAAUAGGCUGCGAAAACUAAAGCACAUAUGCAAUCAUGAUUCCAAUGAAAUAGCUAGCUUUGGUAAUUCAGGGGAUGUUCGUGCUGGUGAAUGCCAAUGACCGAAUGGAAAAGAAAAGGUCGAUUUCAAAAGUUUGGAUCAUUUGAAGCUCAUGCCAUCGAAUUUGUUGACACUGCUACGUUCAUUGGAGGAACUGGAAGUGACUGGUUGUUAUUCCUUAGAAUCAGUGUUUGAUGUGAAGGUCAUGGAUGACACAGAAAUGCAUGUAAAGGAAGAAAGUCAGCUGAAAAAGCUAACUCUAUCGCGACUACCGAAUCUGAAACAUAUAUGGAAUCGAAACCUUCCAAAAAUACUCAGUUUCAAAAAUUUGCAGAUAUUGACAAUUGCAGGAUGCCUGAACUUGAAACGUGUUUUCGGUAACAUUAUGCCAAGAUCUGCAGCAACUUCAAGAGCUUUGCAUACAUUUUUGUGGCAUUGAGGAAAUUGUUGCAAUUGAAGGAGGAGUAGAGGAUCUUGAGUUUAAUUUUCCAAAGUUGACUAUCUUCAGGCUGGCUUGUUUGCGACAGUUGAAGAAUUUUUAUCCAAGAAGACAUAAUUUGGCAUGUCCUUCAUUGAAGACAUUAAGUGUCUAUGAUUGUGAAAAAUUGGAAAUAUUUGACUUUAGCCAUUUGGAUUCCCAGCAUACAUCAAGGCUGGAUGAAAUUGACGUGCCAAUUCAACAAGCACUCUUUUCUUUUGAAAAGGUGUCACCAACUUUAAAAGAUUUGGCAUUAAAUGAAAAAGAUUCUAUGAAGAUACUGAAUAGUCAUGAUGAGGUAAGUCUCUUUCAUAGUGUUGAGGUGCUUCGUCUACAACGCUUUGAAGAAAGUCCAAUAAUGUGGCUAAAUAGGUUCCUUGAAAAAUUCCCUAAUAUUACAACACUAGAAGGGCGUUCUAGUACUUUCAAAGUACUUUUUCCUUCCAAGAAAAUUGGUUAUGGCAGUUUAAAAGUGUUGUGUCUUCAUACGCUGGAGCAACUUGAGCAAAUAUGGAAUGAUGACGGCUCUCUUUCAGAUGUCCUUGAGCAACUCUAUGUGUGGGAUUGUCCAAGUCUAACAAGCUUGGGACCACCUUCAAUAUCUUUCUUUCACAAGUUUAACAACAGCUUACACUGCUAAAAGUCUUGUGCACCUCGAAGGGUUAUGCAUAAGAAAUUGUGGGAUGAUGGAGGAAGUUGUGAUGAUCGAUGUAGCAACACCAGAAGAGAUCACAUUUGAAAGCUUAAUACGUUUGGAAAUGACUUCUUUAUCCUCUCUCAAAAGCUUCUGCUCUGGCAAACUCACUUUUGUAUUCCCAUCAUUUAGUUUAUUUCAAGUGAGAGGAUGCCCCAAAAUGCAGAAUUUCUCAUCAGGAGUCAUUAUGGCCCAAAGGAUACCAAUAAGCAGAGACAAUGAAACGAUGCAUUGGACAAAGGCCUUAAUGCUACUAUCAAGGAGCUGGUCACAGAAUAGGAAGGUUCAGAUUCUGAUGCCAGCGAACAGUCAAAGCGACACAGUACCUGCAACUUACGAAGAUGAUCCAUUUUAUUCUCCUAGUGUAUUUGUGAUUCAUGUUUGAGAUUUUCUUUCAAUGAAAAAAGAAAAAGGGAAAAAAAAUUGGUGGUCUAUUUUAAAUGACAUCUUGCUCCUUGAACAAUACUGGAUUGAUGAAUAUUUCAAUUUAUAUUAUGAAGAGUGAACCCUUGUAUCAGGACAUAUGUUUAGU